AUGGCCCAAAUUGAUUCCUGGAACGCCAACAUGAACACCCCCCUCGAGCAGGAGGAUGCUGAGAUCUACAACCUCAUCCAGCAGGAGAAGUACCGCCAGUACUCUGGCCUUGAGUUGAUUGCCUCUGAGAACUUUACCUCCCAGGCCGUCAUGGAGGCCAACGGCUCCGCCUUGACCAACAAGUACUCCGAGGGUCUCCCCGGCGCCCGUUACUACGGUGGUAACGAGUUCAUCGACCAGAUCGAGAACCUCUGCCGCAAGCGUGCCCUCGACGCCUUUGGUCUCUCUGCCGAGGAGUGGGGUGUCAACGUCCAGCCUUACUCUGGAUCGACCGCCAACUUUGCCGCCUUGACCGCCAUGAUCCAGCCCCAGGACCGCAUCAUGGGUCUCGACCUCCCCUCCGGUGGACACUUGACCCACGGUUACCAGACCGCCAAGAAGAAGAUCUCUGCCACCUCGAUCUACUUCCAGUCCAUGCCCUACCAGGUCGAUGCCACCACCGGUCUCAUUGAUCUCAACCGCCUCGAGGAGAACGCUAAGCUCUUCCGCCCCAAGGUCCUCAUCUGCGGUGCCUCGGCCUACCCCCGUGAGUGGGACUAUGCCCGCUUCCGCAAGAUUGCCGACCAGCACGGUGCCUACCUCAUGUCCGACAUGGCCCACAUCUCUGGUCUCGUUGCCGGUCAGGAGGCCGAGUCGCCCUUCAAGUACUGCGACGUCGUCACCACCACCACCCACAAGACCCUCCGUGGUCCCCGUGCCGGUUUGAUCUUCUUCCGCAAGAACAAGGAUGCCAAGGUCGAGAAGGGUGAGGAUCUCGAGAGCCGUGUCAACCAGGCCGUCUUCCCCUCCAUCCAGGGAGGCCCCCACAACAACACCAUUGCCGGUAUUGCCGUCGCCCUCAAGCAGGCUGCCAGCCCCGAGUUCAAGUUGUACGCCAAGCAGGUCAUUGCCAACUCCAGGGCCCUCGGCGCCACCUUGCUCGAAAAGGGAUACAAGAUCGUCACCGACGGCUCCGACAACCACUUGAUCCUCUGGGAUCUCCGCCCCAACAAGUUGACCGGUUCCAAGGUCGAGCGUAUCUGCGACAUGGCCUCCAUCACCCUCAACAAGAACUCUGUCUGCGGUGACGUCUCUGCCGUCACCCCCGGUGGUGUCCGUCUCGGAACAUCUGCCUUGACCUCGCGCUCCUUCAAGGAGGCCGACUUUGUCAAGGUCGGUGAGUUCUUGCACCGCAUCGUCCAGAUCGCCUUGACCGUCCAGGCUAAGGCCGGCUCCAAGCUGAUGAAGGACUUUGUCGCCGCCCUCGAGGGUAACGAGGAUGUCGCCAACCUCCGCAAGGAGGUCGAGGCCUUCGCCACCUCCUUCCCCUUCCCCGGUUUCGACGUCAAGGACUUGAAGCCCAACCAUUAA